AUGGCCUCCCACGAAGACAUCAACCCCGCCAUCCUCUACUUCGGCACGCCAACCGCCCUAAUCACCACCCUCCACCCCGAGACCAGCGCGCCCAACAUCGGACCCAUGUCCUCCAUCUUCUGGCUUGGCAACCACUGCAUGCUCGGUCUCGCCGCCUUUUCCCAGACAACCCUCAAUCUCCUCUCCACCGGCACCUGCACCAUCUCCCUCCCCUCGGACGCCGAAGCCGCGCACGUCAACCGCAUCGCACGCACCACGGGCUCCUGCCCCGUCCCUCCCCCAAAACAGUCCAUGGGCUACGUGCACUGCGCCGACAAAUUCGCCCUGGGCCGCUUCACGCCUCUCCCUUCCGCCACCGUCCCGCCCCCGGGCCUAGCGGAAUGCCCCGUCGUCAUGGAAGCCUCGCUCGUCAAGGCGUUUGACUUGUUCUCCGACAGCGCGGACGCCCGGGGGGCCAUGAAAGCGGUGGAAGUUAGGAUUCAGAGGGUGAGGAUUCAUCCGGAGUUGAGGCUGGAGGGGUUCGAGAAUCGCGUGGAUGCGGAUCGGUGGCGGCCGCUGAUUAUGAUGUUUAGUCAGUUUUAUGGGUUGAGGGAGGGGAGGGUGCGGGGGAGUCGGUUGGCGGAGAUUGAGGAGGAGUUGUAUCGUAUGCCGGGAGAGGAAGAACGGGGAGGGGUUCAGAGGCAGGGGCAGGGCCAGAAGGUGGAUGAAUGCGGUGGGGGCAAGGUGCCGGGGAGGGGUGACGUCGCUGGGGCGAGAUGA